UUCACACACGGUUCUUGUGGCUCUGGGUAUUUUUGGUGGUGGUUUUGGAUUUUUAAGUGGAAUUUAUAUUUUAUUUUUUGGACAGCAAAGAAAUAAUCCUUGGGGUUUAACACAUUUAAUAAUGAAGCCAAAAAAGAAAGACAUUAACACAAAAGAUAAAGAUAUUGAUUUAUAUAAUUUGCCAUUUAAUCCAAUAUCAGUAAAUGAUGAUCAGAUUCCUACUGAAAUAAGAAUGGGUAGAUUAGAAAGUAGAAUUAUUGCAUUAGAAACAAUUUUGGAAGAUUAUGUGUUUGACCCAUAUGCUUUAAAACAAUUAGGAAAACAAUUAUCUACUUUUGAAUCUGAUAAAAAAUAA